AAAAUCCGCCAGCUUCAAAAUUUCAACCCACUGCAGCCUAUUUAUAGCAAAUCUGAAUGCAUCUUCUCUCCAUUUCUUUCCUUUCGACUCUGUCUCUCUUUCCAUCCGCCACUAAAAACUCUUCACAACUUCUAGAAUUAAAUCCUCUCCGUUCAUUUCUCCUCUCUCCACUCUCUCCCUCUCUUUUAUGAUCUGCUUUGGUCCGACGAAUCGUAUACAGCCUUUAUUCAUCCAAAACAGAAAUCCACCAUUUCUUCAGCUGCAGUUGAUAUCUGUAGCGAAGGAGGAGAAUAACAAUAAGAAGAAGAAUAGGAAGCUCGGAUCUCGUCCGUCCGUUCUCGUACUCCCGAAGAUGGAACCGACGGUUGCGAUCAUCGCCGAUGUCCCAUCUCCCUUGAUCCUGACAUCCGGCGCCAGCGGCCGUGUCAACGCGCUGCUGUCGCUGCGGGCGCUGAAGGCCGUCGUGAUGCUGUUGAAGGGAUUGUUCCUGCUCUUGCUUUUGCCAUUCCGGCGGCAGCCGAAGCGGUGUUGCAGUGGCGGCAGCAGCGGUGAGAAGGAGGAGAAGCAGGAGGUCGGGAUUAGGAAAGGGGCCGGGGCGGGGGGUCUAGUGCUGCGGGUCCCAGCUGCGAUGGUGGGCAGGAGAGGCGGCAGCGGCGGGAUGGAUCUGGAGAUCGCGACCAGACGGGCAAUGGCGAUUAGGAGGGUGGAGCAGGAUGGGGAUGAACGGACGGUGAGGGAAUUUGCGAUGUUCGCGACGGCAAGGGGGGAGACAAUGUUCACACAGUCAUGGACCCCUGCGACGGUUGAGAUCAGGAAGCAUAUUCUCUCGCUCUUAUUAUUUUCAUUCUCAAGCUGUUUUAAAGAUAAUUAUGUGUUUGUAGGAUUUAUGUUCCUGUUUCCAGGCCCUCAAUAUCUCCAUGCAAGGGUUAUGUUUCCAAGAGGACUGAUGGUUCUCUUACAUGGACUUAAUGAGCACAGUGGAAGAUACAAUAAUUUUGCAAAGGAAUUGAAUGCUAAUGGGUAUAAAGUGUAUGCCAUGGACUGGGUCGGACAUGGUGGAAGUGAUGGGCUUCAUGGCUAUGUUCAUUCCCUUGAUGAUGCAGUCAAUGAUAUGAAAGCAUUUCUUGAGAAAGUAUUAGCGGAAAAUCCUGGACUUCCUUGCUUUUUCUUUGGGCACUCAACAGGUGCAGCUAUCAUAUUGAAGGCAGUACUGGACCCAAAAAUAGAAACGCUUAUAGAAGGCAUGGUAUUGACGUCGCCUGCAAUACGAGUUCAACCAUCUCACCCAAUCAUUACGGUACUUGCACCAAUCUUCUCCUUUUUCUUACCAAGAUACAAGUUCAGUGGUGCAAAUAAGCAGGGCCUGCCCGUUUCCCGGGACCCAGAGGCACUAGUUGCCAAGUACUCUGAUCCGCUCGUCUUCACUGGCUCCAUCCGAAUCAGGACUGGCUACGAGAUCCUAUGCAUAUCGUCUUACUUGCAACGGAAUCUCCACAGAGUCAAUGUUCCUUUUCUAGUCCUCCACGGCACUUCCGAUUCUGUAACUGACCCGGAAGCAUCUGAAAAACUCUACGAAGAAGCAUCUUCAUCAGAUAAAUCCAUCAAACUGUAUGAAGGGUUCUUGCAUGACCUCCUCUUCGAACCUGAACGGGAAGAGAUCACAAAGGACAUCAUCAACUGGUUGAAUUCCAAGCUGAAGGCGUAGGUGGGUGGUCCACAGAAGGCUUAAAAAACAAAAAAAGAUAAGCCAAAUGGGCUGAUCCCCCACGGAAUUGUGAUGGCCACCUUAUUGCUAGUCGUUGGUCAAUGAAAUUGAUGGGCGGAUGUUGUGGAACAAUCACUGAUUGUUGUUGUUAAUUGGCCAUUUCUUUGUCGGUAUUGGCAGAGGUCACCUUAACUGAAUUAGUGAGGGAAAUGAGUUUAGAGGGGUAUUUGUAACGAUGAACGACGGGUAGAUGUUGUCCUGGGUUGAGUUGUGAAAGGGAGGGAAGAGUUUGAUGGUUUAAAGACUUACUAUGGAUGCUUUUUUCUUAUGUUGAGAUCUUCAUUUUACUUGCAAAAAGCAAAUUUUACUUGGCUAAA